AUGAUUCCAAAUGAUGUUAAUCAAAUUUUUGAAGCUCAGUAUGUAUCAGAGACACAGAAUGAGUGUGGUCUAAAGCACUUGGAAUUCAUAACCGUCACGAGCAGUGCUUUUUCCUCCAUAUCUUCUUCUGAUGUGGUGCCACCGAAAAAAUAUGAUGUUUUUCUUAGCUUUCGAGGUGAGGAUAUUCGCAGAAACUUCAGAAGCCAUCUUUAUGAUGCUCUGAUCCGAAAGAAAAUUGAAACCUUUAUGGACAACAAUGAGCUUCAAAAAGGAGAUGAGAUCUCGGCAGCACUCAUCAAAGCCAUUGAGGAGUCACAUGCAUCUAUUGUCAUCUUCUCAGAAAACUAUGCUUCCUCAAAAUGGUGCUUAAAUGAGCUCAAAAAGAUUCUUGAAUGCAAGAAAUAUAUGGAACAGAUUGUGAUACCUGUUUUUUACAACAUAGAUCCAGCAAAUGUGAGGAAGCAGACUGGAAGUUACCAGCAAGCCUUUGCAAAACAUAAGCGAGAUUUGAAGCACAAUAACGAUAAGUUGGAGAAAUGGAAAGCUGCUCUCACUGAUGCAGCUAAUUUAGUUGGUUGGGACUCUCGAAAUUAUAGACUUAUCAAACCUUCUUCCCCUCUUUCGUAUGCUAGGACUGAAUCACGCUUCAUUAAGGAUAUUGUUGAAGAUGUUUUGCGGAAACUGAAUCUUAAAUACCCAUAUGAAAUUAAGGCCGGGCUUGUUGGAGUUGAGAAAAAUUAUGACCAAAUUGAAUCAAAGUUUAAAAUUGGGUCAAAUGAUGUUAGAGUCCUUGGAAUAUGGGGCAUGGGUGGCAUACGAAAAACCACCCUUGCGAGUACUUUAUAUGCAAAACUUUAUUCCCAAUUUGAAGGCGGUUGUUUCCUUAAUGUAAGGGAUGAAUCAAACAAGUAUGGACUCAAUGUUAUACACAGUAAACUUUUUUCUUCAUUGUUAGAGGAAGAAAAUCUUCAUCCUGAUGCAUCCUACGUAGAAUCCUCUUUCUCCAUGAGAAGGAUUGCACGUAAGAAAGUUUUCAUUGUGUUGGAUGGCGUGGAAACCAUACAUCAAAUAGCAGAUCUUAUCCUAAAAAUUGAAGGGCUGGGACCGGGUAGUAGGGUCAUUAUUACAACUAGAGAUAAACAUAUAUUUAGUCAGUUCAGUAAAUGUGACAUAUAUGAAGUCAAGGAAUUGAACAACCAUGAUUCUCUUCAGUUAUUCAGUUUGAAUGCCUUCGGAGAAAAACAGCCUAAAAUUGGAUAUGAAGAUCUAUCAGAAAGUGUAAUUUCCUAUUGCAAAGGCAAUCCUCUAGCUUUAAAAGUUAUAGGGGCAAAUCUCCGUUCAAGAGGCAAAGAGGCAUGGGAAAAUGAAUUGAAAAAGCUCAAAAAGAUUCCAAAUGGGGAAAUUUACAAUGUGUUAAAAUUGAGUUAUGAUGACUUAGAUUUUACUGAAAAGGCCAUAUUUCUGGAUAUCGCAUGCUUUUAUAGAGGAAAGCAUGAAAUUUAUGUAACACAUAUGUUGGAAGCUUGUGAGUUCUAUGCAAUAAGUGGGGUAAAAGUCCUUCUAGAUAAAGCUCUCAUACAACUAAAACCAAUUUGGCACUGGCGUGCAGGAUCGGAAGUUGAUAGUUUUGAAAUGCAUGAUUUGUUAAUAGAAAUGGGACAGGAGAUUGUCAAUCAAGAAUCUAAAGACCCUGGAAAACGAAGUCGGCUGUGGAAAGCUGAAGAAAUAUCUGAUAUGUUAAAAGAAAACAAGGGAACUGAUGUUGUGGAAGGUAUAAAAUUCCAUAGUACGGAAGUUGAGGAUCUAUACUUGAAGCCAGAUUCCUUUAAAAGGAUGACAAACUUAAGAUAUCUUGAGAUUAAUAAUACAUCCUACAGGAGCAUAUGCAAUGUACUGCACUUCCCUGACGGUCUCGAGUGGCUUUCUGAUAAAUUGAGGUACCUUCAUUGGGAAAGAUACUCUCUUGAGUCUUUGCCAUCAACCUUUUCUGCUAAAAUGCUCGUAGAGCUUCAAUUGCGUCAUAGCAAGCUUAAAAAGCUCUGGGAAGGAGUUCAGGAUCUUGUGAAUCUAACAGUUCUUUCGCUUCCAAACUCUAAAGAUCUCAUUGAGCUCUCAGACUUAUCCAGGGCUACAAAUCUUCAAAGUCUAUAUCUCACUCAAUGUAAAAGCCUGCGUCAGCUCCAUACAUCCAUCCUUUCUCUCCCUCGACUUGAUUAUCUAGAUUUACGAGGUUGCAUAAAUAUUGAAAGCCUUAAAGCCGAGAUUCAUUCAAAAUCUCUCCGUGUACUUUUACUCAAUGGUUGUUCAUCUCUCACAGAAUUUUCGGUGACAUCGGAAGAAAUGACAGAGUUAUUCUUAGAUGGCACUGCUAUACGUGAAUUGUCUUCAUCGUUUUGGUGUAAUACCAAACUUACUGUUCUUGACCUAAUUGGAUGUAACAAGCUUAACAUUGUUGGGAAAAAGUUAUCAGAUGAUCAUGGAUUUUUAUCGGUUACACAACUAGACCUUUCAGGGUGUACAGAAAUCAAUGCAUUAAGUCUGUGGUCCAUCCUUGAUGGCAUACAUUCUUUAAAACGGCUAACAUUGAAUAGGUGUUGCAACUUAGAAUGUCUCCCUGUGAACAUACAAAACCAUUCAAUGCUUGAAUGGCUUGAAUUAGAUGAUUGCAGGAAACUUGUGUCUGUAACAGACAUUCCGCCAUCCCUGUUAUAUUUAAAAGCCGUCAAUUGCACUUAUCUGGACACAGACGUUACACAAUGGUCAAUGCAUAAGGACAGGGCACAAAAUUUGGUUAAAGGUGUUAUCAAUGCUUUGCUGCCAGGAGCACAAGUUCCAUUAUAUUUUGAUUUUCAGACAAUCGGGGCUUCAAUAUCUAUUCUUCCUAUUACAAAAUCUGACUUGUGUGGUUUCAUAUUUUGCAUCAUUCUUUCUGAGGGCUUCACAAUUCACCACCAUGACCUUCAUUGUAUUAUCUUUGAACGCGGAAAAGAAGUCGACAGACAGCGCAUUAGUCACAAUUAUCAUGGGACAUUAAUUUCAGAUCAUGUAUUGAUAUGCUGGCAUGGUUACAAUAGACAAGAAAAUGGAAGUUAUGAUUGUAACUUAUCAUUUAAAUUCAUACUUCAAGGUCCCAAUGAAGAAUUGUGGUGGUCAACAGAGGGGAUAAAAGGGUGUGGGGUCAUACCUGUAUAUGCCUUAGAACGUGAGUUGGAAGGUGGUGGUAGCAGUAUCAUUAGUAAGGAAAUUGGUAAAUUAAAAUCCAUUGCUCAAGACUCUGACAAUGAAAAUGAAGAUGAGCAGGAACAACCUUCUGCUAGUAGACCACCUAUUAAACAUGUCUACGUUAGACGCAGGCGCAAAUCAAUUAGACCUAAGCUUGUGUAA